AUGGAUUAUCCUAACCUUCCAAAUCUCCAACUUGAUCCUGGCUCGGACAGCAUGACAGACACAGAAUUGGAAACAUUCCCGAUUCUUACCUCCUAUCUCUCAGCAACAUCACAACCUACGGCGUCAGAAGCCGCAAAGCAAAUCAAUAGCCUUUUCCCGUCCCACCGAGGAAAUGGUGAGGCAAAUAAAUCACCUGAAGGUUUCCUUGCCGCCUUCUGGGACCUCAUGUUCCGCGUCGCUAUCCAGCUUGACUACCAGACUCAGUCAAUGCACAAGUUUGUUUCCCUGAUAAAAGCUCUUCGUGACUUGCCAAAUACUACGGCCUUGAAGGAUGGCCGAAGGUUGUGGCAGGACUUGCCGGACUUGGCACUUUUCCUUACUGAAAGAUGGCAUCAAGCGGACAUUCUAAGCCAUAACACUCUGCCCGAAACUGAUCGGCGCUGGAAGAAUUUGAAUGGUCUGGUUGCGUAUCUCACUAAUGAACGUCUAUAUGGGGGUCUAUAUCGCGCAUUGGAAAGCAUUGGGAUGGGUAUUGAAAACAGCGGCGGGAAGGAAGCUCAAAGGAUUGUCGAGUGCUUUGCACCAGCGGCGGCUGUUUGGUUCAAUCUUUCAUCACCGCAGAUCUACCAUGCGUGCAAAGAGAAUGCUCUUGACGAUUCACGUAGCCGGGGAAAGCUGUGGAAAGGAAAACCAGGUUACAGUUUGGAGCGUUGGGGCUUUUGGCGAUCGAGACUUGUCCAGUUGCGAAACAGCCCUUUGACGAGUGAUGAGCUAAGGGGGGAUUACUUAGCAGCUGAGGCUUCUAUGGACAGAGUGACAGAGUAG